AUGGGUCGUCUAGCUACUAUAUCGACUUGCCAGCUCGAUCAAUGGGCGCUUGACUUUGAUGGCAACCGUGACCGCAUCGUUGAAGCCAUCCGUCAGGCCAAGACAGCCGGAUCAAAAUUGAUACUUACUCCAGAGCUAUGUAUCCCAGGCUAUGGUUUGCUCGAUCACUUCCACGAGCUCGACACCUUCACCCACUCCUGGGAGGUUGUGGCCGAGAUCAUAAGCUCUCAGGAGACUCAGGACAUCAUCAUCGACCUUGGUCUGCCAAUCCGUCACAACGAUGUUCCGCACAACGCUAGAGUACUUGCCUUGAAUGGCAAGAUUCUCGCCAUUCGACCCAAGAUCGACCUCUGCAAUGAUGGCAACUAUAGAGAGAUGCGUUACUUUACUCCAUGGACAAGAUAUCGCGUCGACACCUACACCCUUCCGGACAACAUCCAAGAACUCACUGGACAGACUGAAGUGCCAAUCGGAGAUGUCAUUUUCCAGACCUUAGAUGCUGCUUUUGCUUCCGAACUUUGCGAAGAGCUCUGGACGCCGGAUUCUCCUCACAUACAGUACUCACUCAAUGGCGCGGAGAUCAUUCUCAACUCCAGUGGCUCUCACCACGAACUACGCAAGCUUGAUACGCGCAUCGACUUGAUUACCCACGCUUCCAAGUCAGGCGGUGUCUACAUGUACUCCAAUCAACGUGGAUGUGAUGGCGAUCGUCUCUACUACGACGGUUGUUCUCUGAUCGCGAUCAACGGUCAGAUGGUUGCUCAGGGCAGCCAAUUCUCUCUACGCGAUGUUGAAGUCAUCACAUCUACCGUUGAUCUCGACGACAUCUGGUCUGCGCGUCAGUCUCGAAGCAGAGGAAUGCAAGCGAUGAAGGCAUACGAAUUCAAACGGGUCAAGAUUGAAUUCGCUAUGACCCAAAAGGGAAACUUCAAUCGUGACCUCCAAAUUGCGAAAGCCAUCCAACCCCGCUACCACAAACCUGAAGAAGAGAUCGCUCUUGGCCCUGCUUGCUGGCUCUGGGACUAUCUUCGAAGAUCUGGAGCCUCUGGCUACUUCGUUCCUCUCAGCGGUGGCAUAGACUCGUGUGCUACUGCCACUAUCGUUUUUUCAAUGUGCCGCUUGGUCGUUACAGCCAUCAAGGAAGGCGACGAGCAGGUCAUUCGAGAUGCAACGCGCCUGUGCUCUGGAAAGGACGUCACCCAGAUGUCAGCUCAGGACUUCUGCGGCAAUGUGUUCUCUUCUGCCUUCAUGGGCAUGAAGGAACAAUCCAGCAAGGAGACUCGUAGCCGUGCAGAAAUACUUGCUCAGGCAAUCGGUGCGCAUCAUAUUGACUGCAACAUCGACGAAGUCUUCAAUGCUGUGAGGCACCUCGUUUCAACAACCCUCAGCUUUGAGCCUAGAUUUAAGGUUCAUGGAGGAGAACAUGCAGAGAACAUCGCGCUACAGAACUUCCAGAGCAGAACAAGAAUGAUUCUAUCUUAUGCAUUCGCUCAACUUCUACCAACCAGUCAAGGAGGCAAGGGUGGGCUUCUGGUCUUAGGAUCGGCCAAUGUCGACGAAGCACUUCGUGGAUACCUCACAAAGUAUGACUGUAGUAGCGCAGACAUCAAUCCAAUCGGCGGAAUCAGCAAGACGGACUUGAUUCGUUUCAUAGCAUGGGCGGAACAUGCCUUCGACCUGCCAAUCCUGCAAGAGUUCAUCGAUGCGACACCCACUGCUGAGCUCGAACCCAUCACGAGCGACUACGUACAGUCUGACGAAGUCGACAUGGGUAUGACAUACAAGGAACUCUCGGUCUACGGCUACCUCAGAAAAGUCCGCAAAUUCGGCGUCUACUCGAUGUGGGAGAAGCUCUGCGUCGACUGGAAGGAUCAGCACACUCCCCGAGAGGUCUACAAGAAGGUCCGCGACUUCAUGUAUUACUAUGCUAUCAACAGACACAAGAUGACCACCAUCACCCCAGCCUACUAUGCAGAGCAGUAUGCACCCGACGACAACCGCUUCGAUCUUCGCCCAUUCUUGUACCCACGUUUCGCCUUUGCGCACAGAAAGAUUGAGAAUGAAUUGAAGAUGAUGGAAGCCGGUGAGGCUGGCAGUGCAGGAAAAAACUGA